AUGAGUUCAUCAUUGAAUAAAAAUGACCCAAUCAUUCUUGCUCGAACUUUGGUAAAGAAAUGGGAUAAACAGCGGGAGUUUGUUCUGACAGUUGCUGGCAGCUGUGUUGGCCUUGGAAACGUUUGGAGAUUUCCAUAUCUUUGCUACAAAUAUGGUGGCGGCGCUUUCUUCAUUCCAUACCUCACCUUCCUGCUUCUCGCGGGAAUACCAACAAUGAUCAUGGAGAUAUCAAUGGGCCAGUUUAUGUCCCUCGGCGGAAUUGAAGUUUGGAAUAUGAUGCCAAUCGCCAAAGGAAUCGGCUACGCCUGCUUGAUACUCGACUUGUGGAUGAAUGUCUACUACAUUGUCAUUCUCGCCUGGGCGCUUUUCUACCUCGUUCAAGCUGCAACCGGCAACUCGCCCUGGUCAUCAUGCGAUAAUGACUUCAAUGGUCCCUGCUGCUCGUCAACUUAUGGACCGAAUGGAACUCUUCUCGUUCCCGAAGGAUGCAUUGGAGAACCACAACUGCCAGAAAGCGAGUACUGGUUCCAACGAACUCUGAACAUUUCUUCCGGAAUCACCGAGACAGGAAGCUUGAGAUGGGAGCUAGUAAGCGCUCUGCUGGUUCUCUGGAUCGUCGUCUUUUUCUGCGUCUUCAAAGGCAUCAAAUCAACCGGCAAAGCAGCUUACGUAACCGCUUCUUUCCCCAUCGUGAUGCUUUUAUUCCUCGUCGUCAGAGGAAUCAGCUUGCCUGGUGCUUCUGUUGGAUUGAGAUAUUUCAUGACUCCAGAUCUAGAAAAGGCGAUGAAUCCUGAAGUUUGGGUUAUGGCUGGCAGCCAGGUUUUAUUCAGCUAUGUCUGCGGUCAGGGUGUUCUGAGUAGCCUUGGCAGUUUCAAUAAGUAUAACUACAACGUUUUCAAAUGGACCUCAAGACUCUGUUUUCUUAAUUGUUCUGCAUCGAUUCUAGCUGGCGUCGCCAUUUUCAGUGUUUUGGGAAAUAUGUCUUUGGAAAGUGGAAUACCGAUGGAAAAAGUUGGACAAUCUGGUCCUGGCUUGGCUUUUAUUGUUUACCCAAGGGCCUUGAGUGGGCUUCCGUUUCCUCAUCUCUGGUACUGUUUAUUCUUUGGUAUGCUGCUCAUGCUAGGAAUCGCGUCGGAAAGCGCAGAAGUAGAAGCUGUCUGCACAAUGAUCGUCGAUCUGAAACAACAUUGGUUCGACAAGAAAUCAAUUCGUCGACCCCUUUUUGUGGGCCUUAACUGCAUACUCUGCUUUUUCAUGGCGAUACCAAUGGUGACUCAAGGAGGCAUCUUCCUCUUCAAUCUCUGCGAUUCGUAUGCUGCUUCCGGAAUCGCGCUUCUGACGAUCGUUAUUUUUGAGACAGUCGCGAUCGGUUGGCUCUAUGGAAAAGACAAGUUCUACGACGAUCUUUACCACAUGUUUGGAAGCAAGAUGAAUCCGAAAGAAAAGCCCUGGACAUAUUUCGGCUAUUGCUGGAAAUGGAUCACUCCGGUUUUAUGCGCGGUUGUUUGCGUAGCCAAAAUUACAGCAUGGCAAAGUCCAACUUACAAAGUCGCAAAUGAAGUUUAUACUUAUCCAUCAGCGGGAAAUGCAAUUGCUAUUUUCAUGCUUCUCUCAAGCAUAAUUGCUAUUCCUAUUUAUGCAAUCAAGGAAAUCUUCACGGCUUCCAGAAAAUACGGAAGUUUAUCGCGUGCAUGGACUAUUUUAACGACACCAGUAUAUCCUCAAGAUCAUCCAUAUUCUUUAUCAGAUUGUUCUCUCAAAAAAUAA